AUGACUAUGUUGAAAAGGUUGGCAUCUGCUAGAAGUUUCAAUACUUCCAAACUGCUUAGUGAUGCAAAGAAAUUGAAUAGAUACUCGUACGUGAUCACCGAGCCUAAGGAUCAAGGUGCUUCCCAGGCUAUGCUUUAUGCUACUGGUUUUAAAAACGGUGAUCUAUCGAAACCACAAGUUGGUGUUGGUUCUUGUUGGUGGUCUGGUAAUCCAUGCAAUAUGCAUCUCAUGGACUUGAAUGACAGGUGUUCUAAAGCAGUGGAGAAAUCAGGCUUGAAGGCUAUGCAAUUCAAUUCCAUCGGUGUCUCUGAUGGUAUUUCAAUGGGUACUGCAGGUAUGAAGUAUUCUUUACAGAGUAGAGAAAUCAUUGCUGAUUCAUUUGAAACAAUUAUGAUGGCUCAACAUUACGAUGCUAAUAUUGCCAUUCCAGCAUGUGACAAGAAUAUGCCAGGUGUCAUGAUGGCUAUGGGUAGACACAACAGACCUUCGAUUUUGGUUUAUGGUGGUACUAUCAUGCCAGGUCAUCCAACCUGUGGCUCUCCGAAACUUCCAGAAGAUAUUGAUUUAGUUUCUGCUUUCCAGUCUUAUGGUGAAUAUAUUUCAAAAAAUUACACUGAAAAAGAAAGAUCUGAUGUUGUGGAACAUGCUUGUCCUGGUCCAGGUUCUUGUGGUGGUAUGUACACUGCAAACACAAUGGGUUCCAUUGCAGAAGUUUUGGGUAUCACAUUACCAAAUUCCUCGGCUUUCCCAGCUGUCUCAAAGGAAAAGUUGACCGAAUGUGAUAGUAUUGGUGAAGCUAUUAAAAAUACUAUGGAACUGAACAUUAGACCAAGAGAUAUAUUCACAAAGGAGGCCUUUGAGAACGCUAUUACAUAUGCAAUCGCAACAGGAGGUUCCACUAAUGCUGUUUUGCAUGUGGUUGCUAUUGCCCACUCUGCUGGUGUUAAAAUUACUCCAGAUGAUUUCCAAAGAAUCAGUGACAAAACUCCAUUGUUAGGUGACUUUAAACCUUCUGGUAAGCAUGUUAUGGCUGAUUUGAUCAAGGUCGGUGGUACUCAGGCUGUUAUUAAAUUCUUGUACGAAAAUGGCUUUAUGCACGGUGACACAUUAACUGUUACUGGUGAUACUUUAGCUGAAAGAGCAAAGAAAGCACAACAUUUAACUGAAGGUCAAACCGUCAUCAGACCAAUCUCAAAUCCAAUCAAAAAAACUGGUCAUUUACAAAUCCUAUACGGCUCUUUGGCCCCAGGCGGCUCUGUUGGUAAAAUUACUGGUAAAGAAGGUACCUAUUUCAAAGGUACAGCUAGAGUUUUUGAAGAAGAAAAUGACUUUAUUCAUGCUUUAGAAAAAGGAGAAAUCAAAAAGGGUGAAAAAACUGUUGUUGUCAUUAGAAAUGAAGGUCCAAAGGGUGCACCAGGUAUGCCAGAAAUGUUAAAACCAUCAUCUGCUUUAAUGGGUUAUGGUUUAGGUAAAGAUGUUGCUCUAUUAACUGAUGGUAGAUUUUCAGGUGGAUCUCACGGUUUCUUAAUUGGUCACAUUGUUCCAGAAGCAGCACAAGGUGGUCCAAUUGGUUUAGUUAAAGAUGGUGAUCAAAUUGUGAUUGAUGCUGACAAUAAUAAGAUUGACUUAUUAGUAAGUGACGCAGAAAUGGCAGAACGUAAAUCUAAAUGGGUUGCUCCAACUCCUCGUUAUAAUAGAGGUACUUUAUCAAAAUACCGUAAGUUAGUAUCUAAUGCCUCUCUAGGUUGUGUUUUAGAUGCUGAUGAGUAA